UCACGUCGAACACGUGAAGCUUUCAAUCAGCUCUUGCGGCGUCGUCCGACUGAGAAGCUCAAAGGUUGAAGCGGACACACAGGUGCGCUGGUUGCUUUGCUGUCACGCACGCACCUGGCCUGAAAAUCUCCCUCAGGGCAUCCCUUAAGCAGCCCCAGGUUGCGAUUGAGCUGAAAUUCGAUCUUAUUGUGCAGGUUGGUGAGCGGUGCCUCGCCCUCGCCCAGCGUGAAUAGAGUGCUCAGGUGUGCGGCAUACAGCCGGAUGAGGUCCUCCUGGUACCAACAGAGCUGCUCCUGCCGAGUCGCCGGUGCCUCGUUCUUGACGAUUCGCUGCAGGACGACAAAGGUGACGCUGUCGUCACCCUUCUGCAGGCCUUCCCAAGCCAGCUGCUCGUCAGGCUUCAACCCCUGAAGAAGAACAAUCACGAAGGAGCUGCGUGCCAUCAUUCGUUCACUCACGGACGUCGUCGAGUUUCUCUUCUGACGGCGCGAGGUCGACGGCUCUUUUGCCUCUGUUUCAAAUGUCUCAUGCAGCUGCAGCGGCGACGUCACCGUCUUGCCUCGCUCGAUGCCGAUGCCCAGACGACCGUCAGAUGGAUCGCCCCACACGUACACCACACCCAUCCUGUGUAUGUGUGUGGAAGGCAGACAUCACACACACACACAACACGUCACGCACAGAUAUAUAAAGUAUGUCAAUGGACUGGACGGCGGGUGCUGUGUGGACCGGCAUGCCUGGUGAUGGCGAGUGAGUGUUUCUUGCCCGUGACGACCUCCUGUAUCGGCUCCUUGAGGCUCUUGACGCACUGGGGCGGCGACACGAACUUGGGCGCGCGGCCGCCCAGGCCCAGCUGGCCUUUGCUGUUGUCGCCCCACCCCCACAACUGCACUCACUUGACACACACACAGAGAGAAAGGAUAUGCAUCCUCUCGCAGUGUGCCCCCGCUGGCAGCCUCACUCACCCUGCCGUCCUGUGUCGCGGCCAGUGUGUGUUCGCCGUACACGGCCACACCGACGAAGACGGCCUCCUCACCCGCAUCGCCCUUGAUGUAGCGGAACACCAUGGGGCUCAGCACAUGCUCUGUCAUGCAAACCCACCGGUCGCGCCCGAACACAAACAGGUCCCCACGAGUCGACAGGGCACACGAGUGGAAAUCGCCGACGUGGGCCGCCUUGAUGCGCACUCGGAGGGGAAUAUGAACCUAGAAGAGAGGCAGAGAGGAGAGAUUGUCAGUCGGAGAAUAGGAGCCUAUUUCUUACUUUGACAGGAGUGAACGCGUUGGUCAUUUCUCCAAUGCCUAACCGGCCGAACCACCCCCCACCCCAUGCAUACAGCUCGCCAGUGGGGCACACGGCAAGCGUGUGACACAGACCUGAGCAGCACACAGCUUGAUCGAUCAUCCUUCUGGCUUUCUGGUUCUGACCAACACACCGGCUCACCUAGGGCGACGCUGCUCACGGGCGCCGGCACGCAUACUCUCUGCGGCAAUACCACCACCCCCGACGACACACCCAGCCCCAGGUCCAGCUUGCCGCUGUCGGCACUUCCCCACAUAUACAAAUCGCCUGACAGCCGCCACUCCGCACCACCGCUUGCAAAGCUCUCUCCUGCAGCUGCUGCUGCUGCUGGCUGCUGUGGCUGUGGUGGGCCACCUUCCUGUGAUGGCGCGGCAGCGGCAUGCAGCUCCUCCGGGUUGCCGUGUAUAAUGGCGGCAGAGUAGUCGAGCCCGGCAGCCACGUCGAUGGCGUUCUUGAGGCCGGAGAUCAGCACCGGGUCCCAUGCGUCUCGGAUCACCCCGAUGCCCAGCUGGCCUUCGCGGCCUGACCCCCAAGCAUAGACGUCGCCCGCCUCUGAGACAGCCAGCGUGUGGCUGCCCCCGCAGGCCACACGAACCAACGGACGCGAGAAGAUUUCCAGAUGAAAGGGCUCGGGAAAAUUCUGAUCGAUCGAGGGACAAACGAACAAAUGACACUCAGCUGUCGGCCUAUCUGCCUAUGUGUCUGUUGUAUGUACCUGCCUGAUGGAGGGUCCCAGCCCCAUCUGUGCGUCCUUCCCCCCUCCCCACAUGAACAGCUUGCCAUCGCUCGUCAGCGCCGCGUUGUGUUUGUCCCCCGCCGUCAGAUACAGCAACUUCUGCUUGGGCUUCAGCAGCGGCUCCAUGGCAGGCCCCUCCGCCUCCCCCUCGCCCUCGGGCGCCUCGGCUGCAGGUGCCUCCUCCGCACCUGGGAGGGAGAACGGUGGAGGGUUGGGGUCGAUGUAUGGGGCCGCUUCACUGACGUCGCCCGUACCGCGCAGCUCCCCAAGAGGCCGGGGAUAGGCCUGAGAGAGCAUCAACUCGGAGAAACACACGUGUGUCUUCGUCCGUGUCUCCUGCGUGCAUGUGUGCGUACAUAGCUGAGAUGGUCGCCUUGCCCGAGUCGAUAUUGUCCGGCAGCACCCCAACACACAAUGUCGUUAGUGUUGAGGAGGAUGGCCAUCGAGUGGUAGGAGCCACUCGCAAUGGCUGCCACGGGGCCGGCGAAGCUCGUCACCCGCUUCGGCAGGAUCACCUUGCGCGUGUCACAUUCUUCUAGCAGGCCCAUGCCGAGCCCACAGCCCCACGCGUAAACUUGGCCGUGGCGUGAUAAGGCGAGAGUGUGGAAAGCACCACAGGCGACUUGAACGAUCUGGAUGCCCUUGAGCUCUUGCACGAGUCGCGGGUAGACACCGUCGUCCUCAUCGCCAUGCCCCAGCCUCGCGUAUGCGCCACUGCCCCAGGUGAAGACAUUGCCACUGCGGUCAAUGCAUACGCUGUGGGCCUCCCCGCACGCCACAUAGACGAUAGCACGGUCCUUCAAAACGUCAUUCGACAGCUUCUGUGGCAGCAGGUAGGUCCGCAGGUUGUUCAUGCCGAGCCUGAAGUCGUCUCCGGUUCCCCAAGCGAAGACACCCCCUGCCUCAGUGACGCACAGGGAGUGCUUAGGCCCUCCAGCACAGUGCACGACUCUCUCCCCGCCCACGGCCACCUUCUUGCCCCGUCGCCAUCGCCACUCUGCGCCCUCGCCCACUCCAAUGCGAACUGGCGCCCAUUCGUCCUCUGUGUCGCCAGUGCCCAAUGCACCCCAGCGGCCAAGGCCCCACACGUACAGGGACCCCGCGUCAGAGAUUGCCAGGGUGUGGUCGCUCCCACACGAGAUGCGGGCGACCAUCACGCCUUCCGGGAAGCGGACCUUGACGGGCUUGGGUGUGAACCAUGGAGGCUCUGCCUCUCCCUCGUAGCCUCUCGUCCCGCCAAAGUACUUGUCGUCUCCCACGCCCCACAGGCCCGUGAUGCCCAGGCCCUCAGGGUGCUGCUCCCGCCGCUUGCGGAACCCCAGGCGGCCCUUGUUGCCCAGCCCGAAGGCAUACACCCGGCCCCCAAUGUCCGUCUCCUUCUUGCAAAGCAGCAUCGUGUGGUAGGUGCCGCACGCCACGGCAAAGCAGGGGUGGACGGCGAAGGAGGCGAUGCGCGUGGGGAGCUCGUGGUGGGUGUUGUGAAUGCCCGUGCCGAGGACAUUGUGCGGGUUUUGGCCCCAGCCAAAGAGCUGCCGCGGGUUGUCGCCUUUGCUGAGCCUGUUGGGAGGCAGGUGGGCGAUGGCGAGGGAGUGGUUGAGGCUGCAGGCCAGACGUGAGAUUGUGAAGGGGCCGAAGAGGUCUGGAGGUGACUUCUCUGUGUCUGCCGCAAGCUCCCCACCCACUCCAGCGGGCACAUCAGGCACCAGCUGAGCUGCCCCUCCCGGUUCAGCUUCCAUCUGUCCUGGUCGGGAUGAAAG